CCUGCCGCCAGCCUCAGGCUGCAGAAAUCACCGCGCCUCACUUGCCUCAACAGUGAUUCUGGGUCUGCUUUUAGCUUGCCUUCGUCUGCCUUGGUUUUUUCUGUUCCUGAACAGCUUUUUGGCCCAUAGAUUAGAGAAAGCAGCCUUUUUCUCUCCUCCGAAAGCCUCCUGUGUCCAGAAAGAUGGGGAGUGGGGAGCCUAAUUCUGCAGGCAAGAAAAAGAAGUACCUCAAAGCUGCCCUAUAUGUGGGUGACUUGGAUCCAGAUGUCACCGAGGACAUGCUCUAUAAGAAGUUCAGGCCUGCUGGCCCUCUGCGUUUCACCAGAAUCUGCCGUGACCCAGUGACCCGCAGUCCCCUGGGCUAUGGCUAUGUGAACUUCCGCUUUCCUGCGGAUGCUGAGUGGGCCCUGAACACCAUGAAUUUUGACUUGAUUAAUGGCAAACCCUUCCGCCUCAUGUGGUCACAGCCAGAUGACCGUUUAAGAAAGUCUGGAGUUGGAAAUAUAUUCAUCAAAAACCUGGACAAAUCUAUAGAUAAUAGGGGUCUGUUUUAUUUAUUUUCUGCUUUUGGGAACAUUCUCUCCUGUAAAGUUGUAUGCGAUGACAAUGGCUCUAAGGGUUAUGCGUAUGUGCAUUUUGACAGCCUGGCUGCUGCCAAUAGGGCUAUUUGGCACAUGAAUGGAGUGCAGCUCAACAACCGCCAAGUGUACGUUGGCAGAUUCAAAUUCCCUGAAGAGCGAGCAGCUGAAGUCAGAACCAGGGAUAGAGCAACUUUCACCAAUGUUUUUGUUAAAAACCUUGGAGAUGACAUGGAUGAUGAAAAACUGAAAGAAAUUUUCAGUGAAUAUGGGCAAACUGAGAGUGUUAAGGUAGUAAGAGAUGCUAGUGGGAAAUCUAAAGGGUUUGGAUUUGUGAAAUAUGAGACCCACGAGGCUGCUCAAAAGGCUGUGUUAGACCUUCAUGGAAAGUCAAUGGAUGGGAAAGUUCUAUAUGUAGGAAGAGCACAGAAGAAAAUCGAACGCUUGGCUGAAUUACGGAGGAGGUUUGAGAAGCUGAGAUUGAAAGAAAAAAAUCGGCCUCCAGGUGUGCCUAUAUAUAUUAAGAACCUGGAUGAAACCAUGGAUGAUGAAAAACUGAAGGAAGAAUUUUCUUCAUUUGGAUCAAUUAGCAGAGCCAAAGUGAUGCUGGAAGUGGGGCAAGGGAAAGGGUUUGGUGUCGUCUGCUUUUCUUCUUUUGAAGAAGCCACCAAAGCAGUGGAUGAGAUGAAUGGUCGUUUAGUGGGCUCCAAACUCCUGCACGUCACUCUCGGCCAGGCUAGGCGCAGGUGGUGAGAAUCACAAUGCUCAAUUCUUUUCAGCUUUAGCUCAUGCUACUUAUAGUUUGGCCCCCUUUGUAAUAAGGAGUUAUUUUGUGCCAAUUGAAAAGUGUUAUUUUUAAGUGAAUAUUUUCUUUUAAAAACAAACUGAGACUAGAUAUACUUGUUCAUGUAAGUGAAGAACAUAAUUUCUAUUUCUAAAGUCAUUUUGUACUAUUUUUUGAUAUAAUAUCCUUAGAAAUAUGUAGAAUAAAAUUUAUUCGUCCACAUUUUUUCCUGAACAGCCAA